GGACGGUAGAGGACUCAUCAUCAUCACCACCACAGCCGCUGUCUGCAGACAUGAACAGCGCUGACCCUAAGGAAUACCUGACCAAGACCGAGAUCCCCCAGCUUUUCGAGGGCCUUCUGAAUGGAUUAAUGUGCUACAGACCUGAUGAUCCUGUGGAUUACUUGGAAAACUGUCUACAAAAAGUGAGGGAAUUGGGAGGAACAGAAAAAGUCAAGUGGGACACAUUUGUGGGACCAGACAAAAGAAAUUUACCCCCGCUCAAUGGCGGACAAGCGCGAAGAUCGUUUUUCAGAAGUGUGUUACCAGAAAGUUGUAAUUUUCCUUACCGCCGGUAUGACCGGCUACCACCUAUCCACCAGUUUUCCAUAGAAAGCGACACUGACCUCUCGGAGACGGCUGAACUGAUCGAAGAGUAUGAAGUGUUCGACCCGUCAAGACCCCACCCAAAAAUCAUACUGGUGAUUGGUGGACCCGGUAGCGGUAAAGGGACCCAGAGCCUGAAAAUAGCCGAACGCUACGGAUUUGAAUACAUAUCAGUGGGCGAACUGCUGAGAAAAAAGAUUCACAACACGAGUAGCAACAGAAAAUGGAGCCUAAUCGCUAAGAUAAUAACGACAGGAGAACUGGCUCCGCAGGAAACCACAAUCACUGAAAUUAAACAAAAACUAAUGCAAAUUCCAGACUCGGAGGGGAUCGUUAUAGACGGAUUUCCCCGAGACGUGGCUCAAGCGCUGUCCUUUGAGGAUCAGAUCUGUACACCGGAUCUGGUGGUUUUUCUUGCUUGUGCCAAUCACAAACUGAAAGAACGACUGCUGAAACGGGCAGAACAACAAGGGCGACCGGAUGAUAAUCUCAAAGCUAUUCAGAGGAGGUUAAUGAACUUCAAGCAGAACGCAGUCCCGCUGGUCAACUACUUCCAGGAGAAGGGUCUGAUCAUCACGUUUGACGCUGACCGGGAUGAGGAGGAGAUUUUCUUCGACAUCAGUGCGGCCGUUGACAAUAAGCUUUUUCCAGCUAUGGAACCUGUAGCCGGACCAAGCGAGCUCGACCUAAGCCUUAUUCUAGACAUCGGGGAAGGAGCCGAGUCCUCAUCAGAGUUUGAUGACCAGAAUGAGGAUAUUGCACAUAGUUUCGGAGAUGAUUAUCUAAGAGAAGAACUAAAGAAGACAAAAGUCAUACUGAUGUUAGGUGGACCCGCAUCUGGAAAAGGAACCCAGUGUGAGAAACUAACACAGAAGUACAACCUCACGUACCUGUCCAUAGCCGAUCUCCUACAGAACGACCUGGCAGCAGCUUCCGAGAGGAGUAAACUGAUGAAGGACCUCAUGCAGCACGGGAACCCAGUGCCAAUGGAUAUCAUUCUGGACAUUCUGAAAGACGCCAUCAGUUCCUCUCUUGGAAACACCAAAGGAUUCCUGCUUGACGGUUUCCCCUGUGAGAUCAGACAGGCAGAAGAGUUUGAAUGCAAGCUCUGCACUCCGAGCCUCGUCCUGUACCUGGACUGUACUGCUGAAAUCAUGACCACGCGGGUAGUCGGAAGAAAUAAGGUCAGUCAUCGGAAUGAAGUCACUGCCGAGAACGUCCAGAGGAGGCUACAGAUGUUCUACCAGACCUUGGAGCCUUUACUUAUGUAUUAUGAGACCAAGGCUGUUCUCUGUAAGAUCAAUGCGGAGAAGUCUCUGGACGAGGUCUUCCUUCAGCUCUGCGCAUCACUGGACUCGAUUUUCUGAGGCUCACGGAGGGGUGAGCUGGAGUCAGCGACCGAGCGAUGGGAGCAACGUGUAAAUCUUGUAUAUUUCCUCAUCUGUGGCGCCUCCUCCUUACACCAGUGCAUGCUAUCUAUACUGUAGUCAAAGAUGGGUGAUCCCUACAGUCUAUACACACGUCAACUGGAACGCUGCAGGCUUCUAUCCCAGGAGAAGGCACUCACAAGGUGGCGCUGUAGGCACGGAUCACACAGGGCAUUUGUCCCAUGGGAAACGAGGGUUAGUGCAUUGGGCAACGAGGUGGUGUAAGGAGCAGUAAUGCGCCCUGCUUUUCAAGUUGCACUAAAUUUAUCAGGCCCAGUGCACCAUUUUUUUCCCCUGUUCCUAAAUUCAUGUAUCCUUCAACACUAUAGAUAAAACUCCCCACAUUGUGCAAUGCCACUUUUCCGUAGGGAGCGAUCCUGCAGACGUUUUUUUAGUCUUCCAGUCAAAAAAAGAUGGCAACUUUUCAAAUAUGGCUCACAAUUCCUAAACCUGAAAGAGGAUUAUAGCAACAACAAAAAAACCGUGUGGGUUAUUGUUUGGAUUCUGUAGCGGGUGAAUUGCUGAAAAUGUCCCUGUGUGAAACCGGCCUAAGUGGUUCCUUAAUGGGAGGUAAAUUAGUAGAAACAAAACCAUAAAGCUCGGAGGGAUGAAGUGUGGGUGAAUGCACUUGUACUACUUAACGCAGCCAUUGGCAGAACCCGCAGGUGUCCCACUGACGUCCUCAAUUAGGACACGUCUCCACUACUCUGGGGAACACUUGAAAGGACGCAUUUGCUGGUAAAGUGCCUGCAGUGGGCGACCGUAAACCAUUCUGUGUAUCAAACUCACAGCUUUUAUGGGUCGUACCCUAAAAGGAUAUUCCGACUACAACUUCUAUACAUGAUAUGACUGCAACACCCAGCAGGCCCUGAGAGCCACGGGGCUCUUGAGAGUUGUAGUUUUGCAAAAAUCAGAGAGCCAUUACUUUUAAAUAUAUAGCUGUUAGCAGGAAGGUCUCCACUGCUAUCAGCGGCCAUUUUCUGGCUUCUGAUACUCACAUGCGCUCGCUCUCUCCCCUUCAUGGCUAUCAAUAUGGCUUCAGAUACUACAAUAAUAGAAAAAAAACGUGCGGUAAGUAAACGGCAGAACAUGUAAAGUUCACCGCCUGUCGGCAGUAAGGCCGCUGGGGCCAGAAAACCCGUCCAGAUGAAAUGGAAGACAUUGGCUCUGAGCUUCUGCUGUAAUAAGCCCUGCACCGGCGUCAAGACAGGUUUUCAGCCUCCAGCUAUGAAUAACAUAGGGCUUCAUUUAUUAUUAGAUAUACGUCAUUUUUUUGGCGUAUAUUUGUUGCAGAUUUGGUCGCAAAGGGGAUAGUUUCUGUUCUCCGUGCCUAGACUAAAGUCUAUUCCAGCCCCAAUCGUCACUUUUCUGGCGUACGGUAAAUUACAGUGAAUUUUCCCGGGGAAUUGAGGGUGGCAUAAAAAUGUGAGAAGAGCCCAAUUUUACGAGCACAUGCUUAUAAACAUUCGCAUGCCAGGCCGUGUGAUUUUUUUUUUUUAUGCCAAAAACUGGCACAGGGGUCAUAAUAAAUGACACCCCCCCUCCCCGGUAUUUGUUUUAGGUUUCGCAUAAAUGCUCCAACCAAAAUCAAUCGCCUGUAGCAAAAAAUAAAAAACAAAGUGCCGGCGGCGGCCUGCCAGGGAAUGACAACGGAUUCUGCGUUUGCUCGGCUGCUCUCUUUUCUUUAUAAAGUAUUUGUACUUUGCUACCUGCUGGGAUUGUCUUCGCGUUCACUGUGUAGUGAUCUUGGUGACAUCAUCAAUUCUUGCAGUGAAGUUCUUGUCGACUUCUUGCUGAAUUUCACAGCGUAAAAAAACAAAAACAAAAAAACUGCAUGAUCAAAACCAAUAGACCGUGUAAAACAGGGGACGACGGCGAAUUGUACAAAACCCAAUCAAAACCAUCAAGGUGUAUGAUGUGAUGACAUGAUGGCGACAAGAUAUACAUGAAAUAAAAUCGAAGAAUUGGUAUCAAUUUAUUGCAUCUGGGUGAAUUUUAUUUGUUUCCACAUGGCGACCGUAAAGAUUUUAUUUUUAUUUUUUUUAUUUCCUCCAUUGUAUUGGGGUGAGAUACCAAGACACUAAAAACGACAACUUUAUGUACAAACAUAUAGUACCCACACAGUUUAUUUUUUACAGUCCUCCUGACAAUUGAGUUAAGAACAUACGGUUUUACACAGAAAAGGAAAAAAAAUAAAAAAUAAAAAAAAGUUACAAAAUGUCUACUCUUUCCCUGCCGGAGAGUUUAGUCACAGAUCCUUACUCCAUUACUGGGGGGGGGAUAAUCUAUAGGACGUUGUACGUAAAGGAUCUCCUGACCGUAUGCAGCUCCUCCUUAUAGAUCUAUGUAACCACGAGCUUAAAUAUUAAUAAAAAUACAAUCUUUUAUGGAUUUUGUGCGACUACAAAAAGAGAAAAAAAUUACAAUACAGAGAGGAUUUUACAAUAGGCAGUAAAUUUUUUUUUUUAUAUAUAUAUUUUAUUUAUUUUUUCGACCUUGGGUGGGCUGCAUUGAAGAUCCGUAAAGUCUCGAGGCAGAAGGCUGUGUAGUUAACGUCUUGAUCUAAGGAAGGACCUAAGAAAGGCUGAAGUGUUAGACUUUACACAGUAACUAUGAGUGGCACUUUUUUCACCAUAUUUUGUACACGUCACAUGAUCAUCUGAACAUUACAUUUAAAAAAUAGAUCUCAGUGAAAAUCUUUUUUUUUUUUUUUUUUCUUCUCCUUUUUUGACUUUCACGUGCACACGCACACAGGACGAGCUGGUUAAAGAAGCAGCCACAGACCCCGAUCUGUAGUGCUUGAUUGUAGUUAAUCAUCCGUCACGUAAAAGCAGCUCAUAGUCAAGCAGAGACUGGAGUAAAUCCGUACAGAAAGGGGGGGGGGGGUGUAAAUAAAGUUCUGUCGUCUUUUUAACAGUAGCGUCUU